GUGGCGGUUCCGGUUACGAACCGUGGUCACCUCUAUUUUGCCUAAAAUAAUUUUAUAUGUUUGCAUUUCUUAUCAAAACUAAAAUUACCCUUUAUAAUCUUUUAAAAUUUUGUAUUACAAUAUGACCCGUAAAUCCAAAUUAUUGAAUUAAUCGAGCUGGUCUAGUGAACCAAAUUUCAAACACGACAUGGUUUUGGUACAAGUGCGCCAAACAUGACCUUGGACUCCAUUGCCUAUACAAAACUAGUACAACUCUCUUUGAAAUGUGGGUCAUUAAUCCAUGGCAAACUUGCUCAUUCCCACAUCAUAAAAACUGCUUUCAACCCAUGCCUCUUCCUGCUCAAUAAUCUUCUCAACAUGUACAGUAAGUUUGGAGAGAUGGAUACUGCUCACAAACUGUUUGAUAAAAUGCCUGAACGAAGUGUCAUUUCUUAUAAUCUUUUGAUUUCUGGGUAUAGCGAGAUGGGUUUUCAUCAUAAGGCGUUUGAGCUGUUUCGUGAAGCUAGAAUGGCUUGUUUAAAGCUUGAUAAGUUUAGUUAUGCUGGUGUGCUAAGUGCUUGUGGUCAAAUAAAUGAUCUUGGAUUAGGUAAACUAAUUCAUGGUUUGGCUAUUGUUUGUGGGUUGGGAAAGCAAGUUUUUUUGACCAAUUUGCUUAUUGAUAUGUAUUGUAAGUGUGGGAGGGUUGAUCAGGCUAGGGUUUUGUUUGACUGUUCUCAUGAACUGGAUAAUGUUUCUUGGAAUUCUUUGAUUGCUGGGUAUGUUAGAAUUGGUGCUUAUGAGGAGAUGUUGAACGUUUUAGCGAACAUGCAUCGUAGUGGAUUAAAAUUGACUACGUUUACGAUUGGGAGUGCUUUAAAGACAUGUUAUGUAAAUGCUGAUAAUAUGAUAGAAUAUGGUAAAACACUUCAUGGAUACACUGUUAAACUUGGAUUGGAUUUGGAUGGUGUUGUUGGGACUGCAUUGCUUGAUAUGUAUGCAAAAACUGGGUAUCUAGGUGAUGCAAUUCAACUUUUCAUGACAAGUCCUAAUCAGAAUGUUGUAAUGUAUAAUGCUAUGAUCGCUGGGUUCAUCCAAAUUGAGGAUAUAGAUGAACAGGGCGCUUAUGAAGCAUUUGACCUUUUCUCUCAGAUGCUAAGGAAGGGUAUAAAACCCUCAAAUUUCACAUUCUCAAGCAUUGUCAAAAUUUGUAACAGUAUUCAAGCGAUUGAGUUUGGAAAACAAAUUCAUACCCAUAUCUGUAAGAACAACGUCCAAUCUGAUGAAUUCAUUGGGAGUGCACUUAUUGAGCUGUACUCCUUGUUGGGUUCCACUGAGGAUCAGUUUAAGUGCUUCAGUUUGACUCCCAAGUUGGAUAUUGUCUCAUGGACUUCCAUGAUUGCUGGUUAUGCUAAAAAUGGGCAAUUUGAAAGUGCGGUGGCUCUGUUUGAUGAAUUUAUGGCAUCUGGGAAGAAGCCAGAUGAGUUCAUACUAUCAGUUAUGUUGAGUACUUGUGCAGAUUUAGCUGCAGAAAGAUCUGGAGAGCAGGUCCAGGGAUAUGCUAUGAAGACUGGCAGUGGGAUAUUCACUGCUGUUCAGAACUCACAGAUUCUUAUGUAUGCAAAGUCUGGCAAUAUAGGUUCUGCUAAAAGAACAUUUGAGGAGAUAAAGAAUCCUGAUACAGUGUCCUGGUCUGUGAUGAUCUACAGCAAUGCACUGCAUGGAUGCGCAAACGAUGCCUUGAACCUCUUUGAGUUGAUGAAGAGUCGCGGAGUUUACCCAAACCAAAUUACAUUCCUUGGAGUUCUUACUGCUUGUAGCCAUGGAGGGCUUGUUGAGGAAGGACUAAGAUACUACGAAAGCAUGAAGAAUAACUAUGACAUGAAAAUUAAUUUAGAGCACUGCGUCUGUGUUGUUGACCUCCUUAGUCGUGCCGGAAGACUGGUGGAUGCUGAAAAUUAUAUUUUGAACUCAAGUUUUGGAGAUGACCCAGUGAUAUGGAGAACACUGGUGAGUGCUUGCAGGCUUUAUAAGGACGCUGUUACAGGGAAACGUGUAGCGGAGAAACUAAUUGAGCUUGACCCGCAGGAAUCUUCAUCAUAUGUUCUUCUUUACAACAUUUACACAGAUGCUGGAAUUGAUGUCUUGGCCAUGAACAUUAGGGAAAUAAUGAAAGAUCGAAGAGUGAAGAAGGAACCUGGCCAGAGUUGGAUUGAGGUGGGAAGUGAGGUGCAUUACUUUGUGGCGGGCGGUAUUUCUCACCCAAUGAGUCGAGAAAUUUAUGAAAAAUCUGAAAAUAUUUCACACAAAAUAAGGGAAUCAGAAGUAUUGGAACAAUGUUUAUGAUAUCUCUGUAUAGGAAAUAAAGGGCCUUGGGGCUGAACUUCUGUGGGGAAUAGCUAGCUGUGAGUUUUCUAACCAUCAGCUCCUGUGAAGAUGAUGGAAAAUUAAAGGAUCUACUAUAACUGUCAUACAACAAUGAAGCCCAUCUCAAAUGUGGAAAAAGAAAAUAGUUCUUAGAGAUCCACUCGGUUUCCAAUUUUAAAGAGUGAUAUUGUUCUUGUGAACAGGAAGGUAAUGUAAUUAGCAACCACACUCAAUUUAUUCCAUAACAUUUCAGUCUGCCACAAAAUGAUGAGUAAAUUGAAAGAAUCCUCCAAUUGGCGAAUUAUUAUUGGUAGUGCUGACGUGGGGCCUGUGCUGAAGCAGAAUCUGGAAGUGGGGAAGUGAUGGAAAAGAAAAAACUAUUAAAACUCUGAACGACUAGUAGAAAUCAGAAGUGGCUUCUGCAACAUCUUACCAUUUUUGUGCCACUUGUAAAAUCCAAUUUGGAUGUUGAAUUAUUAUCGGUGAGAAAUGUACGAUUCUUCACUGCCCCACUUGAACAAAAUCAAAUUAUUUUCUUAUUGACGCUGCAUUGAUAUAGGUAUAUUAUAAACCUUAAUUGUUCAAGUACUUUCCUGAAUAUUGGCAAGAAAUGUUUGAAGUGCUGUUGCUGAAUGGUAAUUGUUGCAUUGGAACAGUUACAGUCCCUUAGCUUUUGGAAAAUGCAUCUGGUGAGGAAUGUUAUGAACUUCAAAGACUAUGUUUUCUACUCAUACUGGAUAAUCAGCACAAGUGUAUAGCAACAUUGAAUUUUAACUCUCAAAUUCAGGAUCCUGCAUGAGAGUUUGAAGCUGUUUAACUUCUUUUCCUACUGAUGAGAGCUACUGGUUGCAUUUUCUAUGCAGAUGUUUGAGUAUAAUGCUGGAAGUUGGAAAGGCGAACUGGAAAACAAUUUUAAGAGAUCUUUCCUGUCCUCCGACAGUAAGCUGGAUGGCUACCAAUUUUCAGGAGAACCAGUAAGUCAAGAAAGCUUGCUAGUCAAUAAAACUAGAUUUCCCUUGGAGAUACCUGAAGUUCUGACUUAAUUCGCUAUAGGUAAAUUUGAUAAGUUUCUAUUUUUACACCAUGUGAAUGUUUUUCCUUGGUAGAGCUGGUACUGAGAAUGAAAGACGCAAAUUUAUUUUAAAGAAAUCAUUACAGGAUAGGUGUUGUUUAGGAAACUCCACAUCAGGAAACAAUUACCAAAAACUCAUUUUGAUUUUUAAAACGUUCAAAUCUGAAGCAAUUUAAACAAUAAAAGAAGAUAGAUUUUCAUUCAAAUUAUUGCUGAAGUUAUCUCUAGGAUGAGUUCAGGAGUUAGCCGCUGGAGUGCAAAAUAGACGCAAAAUGCAUUGAAACUAAUAUAGUCAGCUGCGCUGUAAGAUAGACUAGCACGUGUCACCUCAUUUAGAAAUCUGUUUUCCUAAAUUAGAUAAGUUUAUUAAGCAUAUUAAUUCAUGAAAAAUAUUCUUUACAUGUCAGGUCUCUUCAUAUACCAAAGUAUAAGUUGAUAAUUAUGUCAAUCUUUUUCUCGUUGUUGACGCGUUAUCAUUAUAUAGUUACCGAAACUAGCAAAUUAUGAGUCUUUAAUUACCAUAUUUUCUCAUCUCUACAUAGAAAUUUGUUCAUGGAGUAGUAAUGAGUUGUUUGCCUUAUAAAUUGCUAUAUGAUACCAUAUCACCAUAUGUUCAUAUUGUUUUUUAUUUUUGAUAAUUAUAUGUUCAUAUUGUUAUUGCUUGUAAAUCUCUCUAGAUCGUCACAAACCUUGCAAGUGUUUUUUCAAAGGUUACUUCAUCUCUUCUUCUGCAGGAUUAUGGCGGUGAGAAAUUUGAAAUACGAACUCAUCACCAAUGCAUCUGCUCGAAAACUGACCUUUGGCAAAAGGAAGGCCGGGUUGUUAAAG